AAACACUUAAGUUCGAAUUACACUUCUAGAACUAGAAUCAACCACACUGCACUAUUUUUCCUCGUUCUGAAACCUUAUCUCUUUAGUUAUCCUCAGCCAUGGCGUCACUACUCUUAGCAUCACCUCCUCCACUCUCCAUUCAAUUGAACAAUUCCUCUUCUCACCUUUCUUUCUCUCACUCCCAAACUCUCUCUUCACCGCUCUCCACUCCCUUUCCUUCCCUCUCAGCCUCUGCAUCCUCCACUCUCACCCCAACCCCUUCUGUGUAUUGUGGCAGAGGAGACAGAAAAACUGCAAAGGGUAAACGCUUCAACCAUUCAUUUGGAAAUGCGAGGCCAAAGGACAAGAAGAAGAGUAGAGGGCCACCGAGGCUUUAUGCACCACCGGCACCUUCGAAGAAAGACAAGUACGAGGAUAAUGAGGUGGUGAAGAUUGAAAUUGAUGAGUCACUCUUUUCUGGCUGAUUUUAGUGCUGAAUUGUAAUUUUGAGUCCUAAAUGGUUUAGUUGUUGAUAUGUGAUUCCAUUGUGACAUACACAAUUUGGAUUUUGCUUGUGUUAUAUCAGUUUUUACUUUUAAAUUUGCAUUAUCCUUAAUUGAGGUCACUGUGUUUUCUUUCUGUUGUUUUGGAGCUGGGAAUUGGAAAGACAAUAGUUAUUUUUUAAAAUAAAAAUAUUGGGUGGAUUUUUGUUA